GUCCACCGCACUCGCUCAUACGCUUGCAUUCGAGAACCCAGAGACACCGAUCCAAUCGGCAGAGACUAAAGAGAUAGAUACGGCGAAAGGAUACAAUGACUGCCUCAGCGUCUGACGACGCAGCUGCUGGUGGUGGUGGUGGUAAACGACAGAAGACGGCGGGGAACUUCAGCGUCAGGGGGAAGAGGGCGAUUGUCACGGGUGCUGGGUCUGGCAUCAACUUCUCCUUCGCAGCCCUACUCCUCUCCCGCGGCUGCAGCGUCCUUAUCGCGGACAUCGCGCUGCGGCCCGAGGCCAAAGAGCUCGUCGAGAAGUACAGUGCAGGCGGCGACAAGAAGGAGGGAGAGGCGAGGGCCGUGUUCCAGGAGACGGACGUGACGCAGUGGACGCAGCUGGAGCGCAUGUUCGAGGUGGCGCAGAGGGAGUUCGGCGGCGUGGACGUCGUGUGUCCCGGCGCGGGGAUAUAUGAUCCGCACUGGAGCAAUUUUUGGCAUCCACCUGGCUCAGCGAAGAGCAGAGACGCGCUGGACGGGAACCGCUACGCCAGCGUCGACAUCAACAUCACGCAUCCGAUCCGCAGCACGCAGCUCGCCAUCUCGGAGUUCCUCAACCCGUCGUCGACAAGCGGCGAGGGUGGCGAGGAGGAGGAGAAGGCGUCGCCGCAGAACCCGAAGCGCGUGGUCAUCAUCUCGAGCAUAGCGGGCCAGACGUCCAACCUCAACACGCCCAUCUACGUGGCGACGAAGCAUGCGAUGAACGGCUUCAUACGCUCGCUCGCGCCGCUGGAGGCCCGUACCGGGAUCCGCGUCAACGGCGUGGCGCCGGGUGUGAUCAAGACACCUCUGUGGUUCGAGCAUCCUGAGAAGAUGGGGUUCUUGGACGAGAGCAAGGACGAGUGGGCUACGCCCGAGGAGGUCGCCGAGGCCAUGCUGAGGUGCGUCGAGGAUGAGGAUAUGGCGGGCGGGACGAUCCUAGAGGUAGGUGCAAGGCAGACGAGGAAGGUUCAGCAGUUGAAUGAUCCGGGGCCCAGUGGUCCGGGCCAUACGGUUGCGAAUCUAGAAGCGUCAUAUGAGGAGGUUUUUGAAUGGUUGGGAGAAGAGGGGUGGGGUACGAGGAAGAAGUGAUGCUGUUGUUAGUGUGUCAAUCGUGACAUUGCGGGGGUGGGGAGGAUGGAAGCAUCUUAUGGGUUCUGCUGUAGAUGGAUAUAGAGCGACAUCAGCUGCGAGGGCAAUGCGCAUUCAA